AUGGCGACAAAACGUGUAGCUGUGGUUACUGGAAGCAACAAAGGGAUUGGUUAUGGAAUUGUCCGCGUUCUGUCAAAAUCUUUUCAAGGGGACGUCUUGGCUACAGCUCGUAAUGUUGCACGAGGAGAAGCUGCAAUAGCUGAACUGAAGAAAGAAGGUCAUGAAGCCAAAUUCUAUCCACUGGACAUCACUGACCCAGAGAGUGUAGCCAAUCUGGCCAAAUAUCUUAAAAAGGAAUAUGGAGGUUUGGACAUUCUCGUCAACAAUGCUGGUAUUGCCUAUAAGAAUGCAUCAACAGCUCCUUUUACAGAGCAAGCAUCAGUCACCGUGAAAUGCAAUUUUCAUGGGACCUUGAAUGUAUGCAGACAACUCUUCCCAUUACUCAGGCCUCAUUCUAGGCCAUCGUGCAUACAUGACUCUAUGCCAGGCCAUCGUGCGUACGUGACUCUAUGCCAGGCCAUCGUGGCGUACGUGACUCUAUGCCAGGCCAUCGUGCGUCACGUGACUCUAUGCCAGGCCAUCGGCGCGUGCGAUCAUAUACCAGGCCACGUAAUGUUUCUAUGCCAGGCAAACAUACGUGACUCUAUCCCAGGCCAUCGUGCGUACAUGACUCUAUCCCAGGCCAGCGUGCGCCAGCACGCGUCACGUGACUCUAUCCCAGGCCACGUAUGUGACACUAUGCCAGGCCAAGCGGCGACGCGGGCUCUAUGCCAGGCCAGCGUGCGUGGUGACUCUAUCCCAGGCCACGAUGUGACUCUAUGCCAGGCAAACAUACAUGACUCUAUGCCAGGCCAGCAUGCGCACGUGACUCUAUGCCAGGCCAGCGUGCGUCGUGACUCUAUGCCAGGGCAACGUCGCGGCGUGACUCUAUGCCAGGGCAACGGCGCAAACCUACGUGACUCUAUCCCAGGCCAGCGUGCGUACGUGACUCUAUCCCAGGCCACGUAUGUGGCUCUAUGCCAGGCAAACAUACGUGACUCUAUGCCAGGCCAUCGUGAGUACGUGACUCUAUCCCAGGCCAUCGUGCGUACGCCAUUGUGCGUACGUGACUCUAUCCCAGGCCAUUGUGCGUACGUGACUCUAUCCCAGGCCAUUGUGACGCGACUAUCCCAGGCCAUUGUGCGCACGCGACUCUAUCCCAGGCCAUUGUCGAUGCGGACUCUAUCCCAGGCCAGCGUGCGUGACGCGACUCUAUCCCAGGCCACGUAUGUGACGCUAUGCCAGGCAAACAUACGGACUUGGCGCCACAGGCCAGCGUCGCGACGUGGACUCUAUGCCAGGCCAUCGUGCGUGAGUGACUCUGUCAGGCCAGCGUGCGUACGUGACUCUAUCCCAUGCCAACGCCACGUGGUGACACUAUGCCAGGCCAGCGUGCGUCGUGGCUCUAUGCCAGGCCAGCGUGCGCCAGCGUCGCGUCGCGUGACUCUAUGCCAGGGCAUCGCGGCGUCGCGUGACUCUAUGCCCAGGGCAUCGAUGCGGCGCGUGACUCUAUGCCAGGGCAGCAUCGCGCAAACCCUCACGACUCUAUCCCAGGCCAGCGUGCGUCGCGGACUAUCCCAGGCCCACGUGUGUGGCUCUGCCAGGCAAACAUACGUGACUCUAUGCCAGGCCAUCGUGAGUACGCGACUCCAUGCCAGGCCAUCGUCGCGUCACAGACUCUAUCCCAGGCCAUUGUGCGUCGCGCGACUCUAUCCCAGGCCAUUGUGCGAUGUGACUCUAUCCCAGGCCAUUGUGCGUACGCCAUCGUGCGUACGUGACUCUAUCCCAGGCCAUCGUGCGUACAUGACUCUAUCCCAGGCCAGCGUGCAUAAGGGACUCUAUGCCAGGCCAGCAUGCGUACGUGACUCUAUCCCAGGCCACGUAUGUGACACUAUGCCAGGCCAGCGUGCGUACGUGGCUCUAUGCCAGGCCAGCGUGCGUAAGGCAGCGUAUGUGACGGACUCCAUGCCAGGCCAUCGUCGUAAAAUGACUCCAUGCCAGGCCAUCGGCGUCGUGACUCUAUCCCAGGCCAGCGGCGUCACAGAUGUAGCAGAUGGUGUCCAUGAAUCAAAAGGUUGGCCAAGCACUGCCUAUGGCACUUCCAAAAUUGGUGUUUCCGUCAUGUCUUUUAUUCUACAACGGGAACUAGACCAGCAACACAAAGAAGAUAUUGUGGUGAAUGCAUGCUGCCCUGGCUAUGUGGACACAGACAUGACCAGUCAUAAAGGACCAAAAACUAUUGACCAAGGUGCAGACACACCUGCUUAUCUUGCCCUGUUGCCCCCAGAUGUUACUUCACCCCGCGGUGAGUACGUGACUGAGCGGAAAGUACAGACUUGGGUCUAA